AUGGAUCAACGAAGUGUCAUGGACGCAGCCCGCGUGCUGCCGGUUGUGUUCGUGGUUGUGAACAUGGUCAGUUUGUACUUGAUCUACAGCUACUACCACCUCAUUCCUUUGUUACAAGAUCCCAAAAGCUACCACACCGGCGUGAUUCAAGCAGCGGUCUUCAAUGGCAUCACCUUAAUGAUGCUUCUUUGCUAUGUGCGGGCAGUGGCAACAAACCCUGGAAACAUCCCUUCAAAGGAGGAAGAUCCAUCCUGGGAGUAUGUGCCAGACACGGCUGUGCAGCAACCCGAAACCAAGGAAAAGAAAAGAACAGGUGAACGCCGUCAUUGCAAAUGGUGUGCCAAGUACAAACCAGACAGAUGUCAUCAUUGCCGCGUGUGUAAGACCUGCAUCCUGAAGAUGGAUCAUCAUUGCCCGUGGAUCUACAACUGUGUUGGAUUCAGGAAUCAUAAAUUCUUCUUCCUGUUGUUGCUCUACUCAGCGUCAGCAUGCAAUUUCAUUACAAUCACAAUGAUACCGACUGUGGAGAGCGCAGUGCAGCAGAAUUCUGCCUUUGCCCAGAUGUUUUUGGUUCUGUUCGCGGAGACGCUCUCCGCUUUUUUGGGUAUCCUGAUUACAUUUUUCUUCUUCUUCCAUAUAUGGCUGACUUUUCAGGCCAUGACUACGAUUGAGUUCUGCGAAAAGAACACAAAAAAUCAGAGCUAUGGCAGCUCUGUACAUGACCGCGGCAUCAAUGGCAACAUUAGAGCUGUUCUUGGAGACUGGAUUCUCCUCUGGCUGCUGCCAGUGUCGCCUCCCUCGGGCAACGGCACAAACUUUAAUGCAUCUCGGCCACAGUUGUAG